UAAAAUCGUAUAUAAAUACGAACCGCUAGUUUCUUUGUAAUUAUAAGUUAUUAAAAAAACCGCUACAGUAUCUAACAAAUACAGAGAUUGUACUUAAAAAAAAUAUCGUGACGAAAAUAAAUAUAAUGUAGAACUAUAGGUAGAUGGCUAGGUCAUCAAAUGAUAAUCCAGGAGAAAGAAAUUAAUAUAUAAUAUAUAUAAUAUAUUUGAAUGAAUGGACUCCAUUAUUUGUUUUUAUUUAGGUAACAGAAACUGGCCUUUAUUUCAUACGAUGGCGGGAAACCAUUUGAAGUUGCGCUACAUUUUGGUUCCAUGUAAUCUAAACAUAGAUGGGAAUAAAAUUAGGUUCUGAAAAUAGAUCUUUUUAUAAUAUGAAAAUGUAGGCUACAUCAAUGACAUUUUGUACAUGAUAUAUUCGAAGUAUACUAAGAUAUGUACCAUACAGUUUAGAAAGUGAAUUAAUAAUAAAAAGCACUGCACAACCCCACACGUGGGGGGUGUGGGGGUAUACUCAUACUUCAACGUCUGCAACCAUGCAACCAUUAAAGGCGGUUGGUAAGAAUAUAGACGACAAGUGACAACGUGACAAGUAACUUAAAGCUUAAUUUAUGGUUAUGGAACCCCAAAAUAACACUGAAAUACCGGCAGCACCGGCUUCUGGUGAAAAUCAAGAACAAUCUCCAUUAGUAACACCACAAUUAGCUCAGAAUGCUGCUGAGAAAUUGGCAGUACCUCUUUCUGAAAAAGCCCCCCUUUCAUCUGAGAAUAUCUGUCCUAAUGGUACUUCCGAAACAGUAGCAGUAGAUUCUAAACAGGUUUGCCAAAAUGCUGAUAAUCUGUCUAUCCCUAUCUCCAGAAUGUCUCUUCAUUCAUCUGAAAAACCUUAUUCUGAAAAUAUCUGCCCCAAUACAGCCAACUUGCCAGUAUUUGUGCCUGCAGUCAAUACAGGAGCGAUUAAGAAGAGGCGAGAUGAAAAAAGAAAAUCAAGAGAUCAAAGAUCAUGGGAUAAUAUGCUCGAAUCUAUUACUAAUCUUCCCAUAACGGAGAGAAUUUAUUUUAUUAAAGAGAAAUACAUAGAACUAUAUAAUGACUACAAAGCAGCUUCUUCAACACUUAAAACUAGUGAAAAACAAUUAAAAUGUAUAAAGAGAGAAAAGGAACAUGUUGAAGCUGAUCUUGCAAAAAACAUAUUAACUAGAUCUAAACUAGAAAAUUUAGCUAGAGAACUCCAGAAACAAAAUCGAGAUAUCAAGGAGGAAAACUACAACAGACUGAAGGAUGAGGAGGAGAAGAGAAAGGAAGUUGCAGCUAGCUUCACAGAAAAACUUAAUGCCCUUACACAACUUAUGGAUGAGAAUAAAGAUAAAUCUUCUCGUUUACGAAAUGAAAAUCUUAAUAUGACUUCUAAACUAGCUGAAUUAUACGAACAAUUCCAGGAAAGAGAACUCCACAUGUCUAAUAUGAAUCGUCAAAUGGAUCUGCAGAAGAAACUCUCUGACACACAGCUUAAGAAGCUUGAAUGUGAGUUUGAAGCAGAACGUGAAAUUUGGAAAAAAGAUAGAGCUAUGAUGAUUAUUAAUUUAGAAAGAAGUGACGAGACAAAUAAGGUACUUCAAGAGAAUGUCAAUAGUUUACAGGAUCAUCUAAACUCAUAUCAGAAGCAGUAUAGUGACUUUGAAACUACAAUGAAGAGAAGCAACAAGGUCUUUGAUUCGCUCAAAGAUGAAAUGGCUCAUAUGCAUAAAAUAAACAAUGUUUUGGAAAGAGAUCGUAAUGAGUGGCACAAUAGAUGGGAACAAACCAACAAUAAAUGGGUAUCACUUAUGGAAGUUCAUAAAAAAACUGCUUUAGACUUAGAUGUCACUCAGAAAAAGUUGGAAGCAUUAGAAAAGUUGUGCAGAAAGUUAACAGCUGAGAGACAGUGUUAUUUACAGGAGUUAAAGCAGUCCAACAUGAACCCAAUUACUCCAGUGGAGGAAGAAGGGAAAGUUCCACAACCCGUUGAAAAAAAUUCCGAUGAAUCAGUCCAAUAAAUUUCGAAGGUUUCGCUGCAUUCAUGUUUCCUUCGACCUUUUUGUGUUUUGGUCUAAAGGACAUUUUUUACUUUUCUCGUGUUUCUUUUUUAUGUCCAUAAACUAUGUUCAUAAAUGUUAUUACAUAGAAUUUAAAUGUUUAGUCAAAUUUUAUUAGAAAGUUGGGGACGUACAAUAGCAAUACAAUUACACGUUGGAAGUGUGCUUUAAUUUAUUCAUUUCUGCUUUAUUUAUGUUUAGCAUAUUAAGCUAAAACUUGGCUAUCUUCAGUAUUUUUAAUGGUUUCAAUGUUGUCUCAAUCAGAGACUGUACUUUAAGGGUUGAUCACUAAACAUCACUAAAUAAUAUACUUCUACUUAUUUUAUACUUAGAUCUGAUAUAGUAUAGACGCAUUUUAAUCCGUUCGCUACUAAGCUGGUAUUUAAGUUUUGUCCUCAUAGACCAUAGCUAUUUCUUCUUCUCGUUGUCCUUAUGCCCCAUAAGAGCGUUGGACUUUGGUAUCACCUAUCCAUCUUUUACCCACUUCUUCCUGUCAUUCCCUUCAUCUGUUACACUGUUUUCCCUCUCUUGGUCCCGAUUUCCUCGAUUUGUUCCAUCCACCCCUUUCUAGGUCUGCCCCUUCUUCUUUUCCCCUGUCUAUUAGCAUCUGUCACCUUCUUUACUAGUCUGUUCUCGUGUAUUCCAAUUAUAUGUCCAAACUAGUUCAGUUUUCUUUUUUCAAUUUUUUUCUCUAUUAGUUUUCGUUCCUUUCCCUUUUGUCCCUCUCCAGCUAUUUUCUUAGCUGCUUCAUUUCUGCUGCAUUUAUGGCACUUUCAUGUCUUUUAUCUGUAACCCAUGUCUCGCUUGCAUAUAGAAGAGUUGGUGUUGUGAUUGUAUUAUAUACAUGUAUUUUUGUUUCCUGGCUGAUUUCCCAGUAUCGUAUUAUUAAUCGCAUAAUAAAUUUUCGUAGCUUUCUUUGUCCUAUUUGCGAUUUCUAGGUCUAGCUUUCCGUCGUUCCCAGGUACUCGUAGGCCGUCACCCUCUCCAAUUCUUGUCCUUUACAGAACACUCGUGUUUUGCAUCCAAUCCCCUGCUCCUGCUAACCUAUUUUCAUCGUCUUGUAUUUGCUGAUGUUUAUUUCUAAUUUCAUUUUCUCAAUUUCCUUAGCUCAUACACCAAUUAUUAGUUGUUGCAUCGUUCUCGGUUUGUCUGCUAUGAGAACCACGUCGUCCGCAUACUGUAAUCCUUACAUCAAUAACGGGUGUUAGGUGCGUGUAGCCCAUUAUUGUUUUUAAGUGGUUUGUUCUUCUUUUUAUAUUUUGAAAUAAUUUAUCCAUAAUUAUGACGAAUAGGAGUGGGCUUAUCUCCCUAGCUAAAACAGGCUAUCUCCCUGUUUUAUCCCCUUAUUAAUCCUAAAUUCUAGUGAUCUGCUACCUCCCAUUUGUACUUUCCCCAAUACUCUGCUGUAGAUACUUUUAAUUAUCUGUAAUAGUUUCCUCGGUACUCCCAGCUCCUCCAGAGUAUUCCACAAUACUUUCCGAUCUACUGAGUCGAACGCUGCUUUACGGUCUAUGAAUAUAUUUUUGAUAUAUGUUUGUUCCCCGAUCAUUAUUUUUGUCUAUUAUAUUUCGUAGUAUGCUUAUAUUGUCAACUGUUUGCCUUUUGGCUCUGAAUGCUGUUUGUUCGUCUUCAAGUUUUUCUUCUACCUCUGUUCUUAAUCAUCUGUCUAUUAUUCUCGUAUAGAGCUUGAACGCUACUGAUGAGAGGCAUAUAUCUCUAUAGUUUCCACACGUGGAUUCUGCUCCUUUCUUGUGAGUUGGGAUCAGUAAGUUUUCUUCCCACUCUCUCGGCAUUUUGUUUGUUCUCUGUGCUUCUCUCAUUAUUUCCAGCAACCACUUCUUUCCCUAUCCAUUUUAUCAUUUCGUGAUCAGUUUUAUCUGCUCCGCUCGCUUUUCCUAUUUUUAAUCCACUUAUCGCUUCUUUUAAUUCUUCUGUACAUAUUUCUUCCAUUUGGGUUUCCAUAGCUAUUUAAAUUGCCAAUAUGUGCAGUGCGAUCCCCGGCUCACGGGUGAGACGCUGGUCUAUGAGAAAAUCGAUGUGGCUCAUAUAUGAGUCGCUUGGUAGCGAACGUGUUGAAUCAUGGACCAACUGGACACUGUUUGACAAAAAACGGACACCAAGUGUAACACUAAUAUUAUUAAAGUGAAAUACACUCCUAUCAUAUGGUACAAAAUUGUCUUAACCUACAAGUAUGUAUAUUGUAUAUACAGGUUUAUUUAUUGCUGAUUUAUUUAUAUUUAGUUCUUUAAGCCAAAACUAGACUGCCAUAGACUAGUCUUAAUUGUUGCGACAUAGUUUCAGAGACUGUAUUUUAGAGUAUAGUUAACAAGUUUAUAAGAUUCUUUGAUAUUCGUUGAGAAAGAUGAGAACAGUUGCUUACUUUCUCCUGUAUGUUAAUUUUGAAUAAUCUAAAAAAAAUUAAAUAUCUGAGUUUUUUAUGCAGCAGUGUAUUUUAAAGAUAUCAGAAUCAUUUUAUACUGAUACACAUAUGACGCUAUUUACAGUAGAAUCCCUAUUAUUCGUGCUCCACAUGGCCGGAUGUGGCACGGAUAACCAAACAUUUAUUUCUUAUAUACAGGGUGUUAGUAAAUAAGUAUGAAAAACUUUAAGGGCUAAUUCUACAUAAAGAAAUAAUGCCGGUUUGCUCCAUAAACAUAUGUCUGCAAAUGCUUCGUUUCCGAGAUACGGGGUGUUGAAAUUUUUAUUUCAAACUGGCAAUUUAUUUAUUGCUCUAAGACCAGUUGAGCUAUGAAAAAAUUUUGUGAGUUUUACGAGGUAGUUAUUGCACAUUUUUUGACAUACAAUUAUGAAUUUUGUAUUCAUCAUUGGCGCGCAUACGGGUAGUAGUCUGAAUUUUUUAAAGAAAAAAAUAGUACGCUACUGAGAUAUUUCAAAUUAAAAAUUAUUUUUAAAUUCCACGUUUAAUUUUUGAUAAAAAAAGCCUUUCUUGCCUUUUUUCACAUGGUGCACCGUUUUUAUGCAGAAAAAUAAAACACCUUGACGCGUAUUUUUCAUUUCUUAAUAUAAUAUGAAGAAAUAUCCAAUAUAAUAAUACUAAACUGGAACAAUAACAGAAAAUAUUACUAAUAAGUUUUUAACUAGGUGCAGAGCUACAACACAUGUUAAAAAUGACCUCCUUUAGAGGUUAUAGAAGAAUUUUAUAUUCAUAAUUGGAGCGCGUACGGGUAAUACGGGUAAUGGUCUGAAUUUUUUUUAAGAAAAAAAUAGUACGCCACUGAGAUAUGUCAAAGUAAAAAUCAUUUUUGAAUUUCUGGUUCAAUUUACGACAAAAAAUCUUUCUUUCCUUUUUUUCAUAUGUGGCGCCGUUUUUAUGCAAAAAAAUAAAACAUCUUAAAAAAAAUAAAACAACGUUUACAAAGUAUUUGAACUAAGUUUCUAUGCAUAUGGAAACUACCUCAAAUACUUUGUAAGCGUUAAGCUGUUUUAUUUUUUUUUGUACAAAAACGGCACCUCAUAUGAAAAAAAGGCAAGAAAGAUUUUUUGUCGUAAAUUGAAUAAGAAAUUCAAAAAUAAUUUUUAGGUUGACAUAUCUCAGUGGCGUCCUAUUUUUUCUUAAAUAAAUUCAGACCAUUACCCGUACGCGCGCCAAUGAUGAAUAUAAAAUUCUUCUGUUACCUGUAAAGGAGAUCAUUUUAAACAUUUCUUGCAGUUUUGCACCUAGUUAAAAACUUGUUAAUAAUAUUUUCUGUUAUUGUUCCAGUUUAGUAUUACGAGUAUUAUAUUGGAUAUUUCUUAAUAAUGUAUUAAGAAAUGAAAAAUACGCGUCAGGAUGUUUUAUUUUUCUGCAUAAAAACGGUGCACCAUGUGAAAAAAAGUCAGGAAAGGUUUUUUAUCAAAAAUUAAACGUGGAAUUUAAAAAUAAUUUUUAAAUUGAAAUAUCUCAUUGGCGUACUAUUUUUUUCUUUAAAACAAUUCAGACUAUUACCCGUAUGCGCGCCAAUGAUGAAUGCAAAAUUCUUAAUUGUAUGUCAAAAAAUGCGAAAUAACUACCUCCUACAACUUCAUUUUCAUAGCUCAACUGGUCUUAGAGCAAUACAUAAAUAUGCAGUUUGAAAUAAAAAUUUCAACACCCCGUAUCUCGGAAACGAAGCAUUUGUGGACAUAUGUUUAUGGAGCAAACCGACAUUAUUUCUUCAUGUAAAAUUAGCCCUUAAAGUUUUCCAUACUUAUUUACUAAUACCCUGUAUAAUACACACAUACAUAUUAUGUACCUACAAGAAGAAGAUACAUAACAGAAAAAGAGUAUUUUUAGGUAGGCUGUGCUUAAGAAGUCAAUCACUUUUACGAAGCAAGCGCCUGGGGUACACUUUCAAUCAUACUUUCAAUCCAUGAUACAAUAACCCAAGAUAUGAUAUGACGUCACAUUGUGAGUAGAUCCUUUAAAUUUCGAAUGCAUUGCCAUUGUGAUUUGGAGAUUUUAGCUUUUAAUAUCAGUUAUGAAACUUUCUAGAAGUGCUGUUUUCUUUAGUAUGAUUAAAUUUAAUUAUUGAGAACAUAUUCUAAUAAUAAAAAUCAAUCAGAAACAUGAUUUUUUUAUUAUUAUGCAACAUACGUCUAAUUAUACAGUGUGGAAGGCACUUGUAGAAUAAAAUGAUUUCUCUCCUUGUUUCGAAAAAUUAUAAAAACUGUGAUACUCGUCGAUUUUUAAAUAAAUAUCUGCACUUUUUAAACACAAAUUUAAAUUCACGGGGUGAUUCAUAAGUCAAACAGAGUCCAUAAGCUUUAUUUUUAAUAGAACACCCUGUAUAUUUUUAUAUUUUUAAAAGCUGCUUUACAACAACCUGAUUUCAACUAACUAAAUCAUGUAGGGUGAAUUAUGAACAGUACAGGAUGAAAUUUUGAAAUUAUUAACUAUGGAAUCCACUUAUGGAAUAAAAUUGUUUGUGUUCUUAUUUUAAAAAUUAUAAAAAAUGCCGGAACAGGUCAACUUUUAAAUUUAAAUGGUGAUUUACAGGGUGAUUUACGCAAGUACAGCAUAGUCCAUGAUCUUUAGUUUUAAUGGAUCACCCUGUAUAUUUUUAUGUGCUUAGAAGCUACUUUAUCACUUUAUCUAAAAAAAAUGUAUUAUUCGGGUCCAUUAUGAAUAAUACACGGUGAAAUUUUGAAAAGGUGAAAUUUUUAAAUUAUUCAUAAACUCCAUUAAAGAUACAAAACCAAAAAAAAUAAAUAUUAUUUAUACUUAGUUUAGAAAAUAUAUGUCUUUAUUUAGCUAAAAUACCAUUAUUAUAUAUAUAAUUUACUAUUAUUUAAAGUAUGAUAAAUUAUUAGAUAAUUUCAAAAUUUUAUGUAGGUACCUAUUUAAUAUCUUGACGAAAAUUUAACCUAUAUAAUUUUAAAAUUUCAUCUUGUAUUAUUCAUAAUAGGCCCUAUACAAUACACUUUUUUGUGAUGAAGUUAUUUAGCAAAUUCGAAAAACAAAAAUAUACAGGGUGUUUCAUUACAAUUAAAGAUCAUGGACUAUGAUAGACUCGUGUAGAUCACCCCGUAUAUUUUAAUUAAUGUUUAAAGAGAGCAUAUCUAAAUUUAAAAGUUGACGUAUCUUAGCGUUUUUUAUAAUUUUUUAAAAUAAGGACACAAACAAUUUUAUUCCAUAAGUGGUUUCCAUACACCAUACAUGAUAUGGGUCGUUGAAAUCAGGCCGUUAAGUAGCUUUUAAUAAUAUAAAAAUAUAUGUAUAGGGUGUUCCAUUAAAAAUAAAGCUUAUGGACUAUACCAGGCUUAUGUGAAUCACCAUGUUUAAAUUUAAAUUCAGCUUUAAAAAGCCUACAUUUAUAUAUAAAAAUAAACGGGUUUCAGUGUUUUUUAAAUUUUUUUAAAAUAAGGACAGAAAUAAUUUUAUUCCAUAAGUGCCUUCCACCCUAUAUGUAAUACAUGUAUUAUACACCCUGUAUUGUACACCAUGUAUAAUACAUGUACUGACGAUGAAAUAAAGGUAACAAUAAAAUUGUAAUGUGUUAAAUGAUAAAAAAAGUUAAAGCUGCGAUAGUCAUGAAGCCCAUCAGUUAUAUUUUUUUAUUACUUAAGUUCUCUUAUUCAUUAAUUAUAUUUAUGAUCACACAUCCUAAGGACUAUUCAAAUCUAACUAUGAAUAUAAUAUUUUUGAUAAAAGUGUAACAAAUUAUAAGUAAAAUUCACCUUAAACACAAAAAUAAACAGUGUUUACUAUACGACAACACUGAAUAUAAUGCUGAUCUACUCACAGAGUGACGUAGCUACGUUGGCCCCGCCUACCUGCUCCAUGUCAUAUCUUCUGUUAUUGUAUCAUGCUUUCAAUCGGUAGUAACACGUUGUACUUACGGAGCACAUGGUUUAUGAAAGAUUGUUACUUUUUUAUAAAGUUUAAUUCAUAAUGUGACAAUUUGAUGUAUUCUGCGCAAAUUCAAAAUGACAAGGUCCGAAGGUUCUCGUUUCUCGAAAUAGUCUUAAUACAAUUUUGGUAGCUUCCUCAUCCUCCUGAGUAAUUACUCUUUUGAUUUAUACCGUUCCAUCACUUUUUUUUGGCUUGACUCUCAUUUUCGUAUAAAUCAGUUUGAGCGGCUUUUCGAUUUUCAAGUUUUCGUGAAAAUCCGCUUGCUUAACACACAUUCGCCCAGAGAUUGUUACGCUCUCCGACCUUUUCUGCAGAAAUCAUUUGGUUGGAAAGUACUUCAUCGAGUUGUUGAAAACUCAAUUUUUUAUAGAAUAAAAUUUUGUAGAUCCACUUUGUAUUUAUUGAUAUGCCGUAUUGUUUGUUUUCCAGCUUCAUAGAUUCGUGAUAAUGAAAAUGAUGCGACACGUCCCCCUUUUCACUUUAUUUAAAAUCACUAGCUUCUGUUCAAUCCUUAAAAUAUUUCUUUGCGUUUUACACUAGCUAUUACUAUUUUUGAAACACUUGUUUUAGUAAUAUAGCAGAGUAGCCUCUUCAGCAUCAGCGGCAAAUGACAAGCAAAUGAUUUCCUCCAGCACUGGUGCCAUCGAUAUUGCAUUAUACGUCUCUCUCCCGGUAUAUAGUUUUCGUCGAAUGACUUACAAUGAUAUUAUUUCGAUAAAAUCUCAAAAAUGCAAUUUGAAUAAUGAAAAAUUAUAUCACGGAUAAUCGGGGUUCUACUGGAUUUAUUAAUAGUAGAAAUACAUAUGACGCUACUUAUUUAAUAGUAGAAUUAGAUUUAGUUUUCUUUUCAACCAUUAGUUCUCUUCUCUGUACUAUAUAUGUAUGGGUAACGCUAAUUUUCGAAAAAAAGUUUUCUGUUUCAAGGUUUGUCACAUUUUUGUAGUCAAAGGUUGCAAUUGCGACCAAUUGGGUCUUCUUACAUUCGAACGAUAAAGAGAAAUUAUACCACUUUUAUAAAUUACCGACACUGUUUCUUAGAGCAGCUAACAAAUAAAAAAUAACUGGUCCAAUUGAAGAAUUAACAAGAAAAGCGAUAGUUCAUCCCAAUAUAGAGAUCAACUUUUUUCUAUAUAUAACUACAAUGCCUUAGAACUUAUGUGAUAAUUAAUGUUACUUAAUUGACAAACCAGAAAAUAGUAAUGAUUGUAUUGUACCUCAAACUUUCGUAUCUGUUUAUUCAAAAUAAAAUAAAUUAAUGUGUCAA